GCGCAGCUUGUGGGUGCCAUAGCAACCACAGCCUACUGGCAGCUGUUAGCCCCAGAGCAUACAUCAGCGGUCAACAUGGCCAAGGCAACCACCAUGAAAGAAGCUAUAAUCAAAUGGGAAGAGAAGAGCGGGGAGAAACCAAAUGAGGCUAAAGAAGUUAAACUCUAUGGUCUGAUUCCCCCUAUAGAGAAGAUGGAUAACUCUCUCAAUGCAUUAGCCUCCUGCGAGAAGCUGUCUCUGGCCACAAACGCUAUUGAGAAAAUAACCAAUCUCAAUGCCCUCAAGAACUUGAAGAUACUUUCAUUAAGCAGGAAUAAUAUAAAAAGUCUUGUAGGGUUGGAGACAGUUGGAGACACUUUGGUGGAGUUAUGGAUUUCCUAUAAUUUAAUAGACAAACUGAAAGGCGUCAGCUCCUUGCACAAACUGAAAGUCCUCUACAUGUCCAACAACCUUGUUAAAGAUUGGGCAGAGUUUGUGAGGCUUGCUGACCUGCCCUCCUUGGUGGACCUGGUAUUUAAUGGAAACCCGCUGCAGGAGAAGCAUGCCAUGGAGGGGAGCUGGAUGGAAGAAGCCUCCAAAAGGCUUCCUAAUUUAAAGAAACUAGACGGUGAGAUUAACAAGCUUGUGUGUUUCGGAAACUCCCUAAAAAUGACUCCUAGGGGUGCAAUGUACUCGGCUUUAACCUAACCUAGUUGGUUGUGCAGCAUAUAUGGUAAUGUAGCGUCUGACUACGCACAAGAACUUUUCGGAAGACUUGGGAAAACAGUCAGGUCAAGGAUCAAACGACAUUAAGCUUGAAAAAUAAGUGUAAUAAGCAGACAAUCCGGCACCAGGACCCGAAAGAAGACACGAAUGUGAAAUAUGGAUAUGUGUGUUUACUUUGGGGAAUAUGUGUCGGACAUUGUUCAGAAAUCGGAGGAUUUCAGUACAAUUGGGCCAAGAUUUCCUCCCAAUUCAGCCAUGCUGACUUAGGUUGCAGUAUUGCAAUAAAACUUUGCUGCUCAACUGUAGCAUGAAGAGUCUUUUUAACGCAACAUCACCACACCAG